AUGUACGCCGGCCCCCUCCGCGCCUUGCAGGGCUCCGCCGUGCCGCGGUACUUCGGCCUGUACUCGGGCGCAGACGACGACGGGCGCUGGCUAUACGCGCUCGUGUUGGAGCGCGUGGGGCGCGCGAUCCACCGCCGCCGCGACGGCGGCAAGGGUAGCUGGGAGGAACUGCUGCCGCAGCAGCGGCGCGCGGUCGCGCAGCUUUAUGCGCGCGUGCAUGACGCGGGUGUUGUGCAUGGCGACAUGGAGCUGCGGCAUAUCCGGCGCGAGUUGGGCGAGAAGGGCGGCCUGCGGCUCAUCGAUUUUGAGGGGGCACGGCAUCGGCCCGAGGGCGUGGAGGGGGAGCGCGCGGAGCUGGACGGAUGCAUUGGGCCGGAGUGGCGGAAGUGGCUCGCGUAG